AUGGAUGACUCGAUUGACACGAAAGCGAACGCGAAGGACGACUCGGCGGUCGAGAAGGAGGUGACCGACAAAGCCAUAGAAGAGCCCAAAGACGCGGACGAGUCGUCAGCGGCCGACGCGAGCGCCGCCGCAGCCGUCGAAGAGCCCAUCCCUUCCGGCGAUGAUAAGGACACGACCGCCGCCGACGACAAGAUGGACACCGACUCGCAAGGCGUUGACGGAUCCGCUGCGACGGCCGACGAGCCGAAGAGUGUGGCCGCCGAUGAAGAGCCGACUGUGGCGGACGAGACGGGCGGCGACAGCGCUGGCAAAGGCGUGGAGCCGUCAGUGGGUGCGGAACCGGUGCCAGAAGUGGCGGUGAAGUCUCCCUCGCCGGCGCCGGCCGUGCAGUCGAUGACUCCUCCGCGGUCUCAGUCGUCGAAGAAGCCGAAAGUGGAUUUGGCGUCGGUUCCCGUCCGCCAGUAUUUGGACACAACAGUAGUGCCGAUACUAUUGCAGGGCUUGUCGUCGUUGGCGAGAGAGAGGCCGCAAAAGCCGAUCGCCUUUUUGGCGCAGUUUCUGUUGGAAAAGGCGUCAGAAUAUGACGAGUGA